AUGCUGAAGACCACCGACAUUGCUGUGUCCAAGUACCACGACGAGCCGCUGGUGGCGGUGGCAUCGUUUUUCAACGGGAUCACCGUGCCCCCGCUGAUCCCUUUCACUGGCUACGUGAACAAGCGCCAGCGCCAUGUCCUCCAUGGCGAGGGCCAAACCCUCGAUUAUAACGGCAGUGACGACGCCGCCGGCGAUAACGACUACUACGUCGCGGUGUACGACGCCAAGCUGAAGCUGAUGGAGGUGUUCCCCGCCCCCGUGGUGGAGGCGCUGGUGACGGCGCGCCUGAAGCGUCGCUUCGACGGGCCCGACGUCAAGCUGUCGGGCCAACGGUUCGCUACUCAGCGGAACGCCUUGGGCGAGGCCUUCGGGACCAAGAAGGCGAAGCUGGCCAUCGCCAACCUCGAGCGCAACCGUAUCGACGCCGACAAGUUGCUGGGGAUGGAGUUGGACAUCGUCGACACUGUGCGCGAAGGCACGGGGCUGUUACCGUCCAAGGACCACAUGGAGAAGCUGGUGGUGGAGGCGCGCCCCACUCCUCCUUGCAACCCCGACGCCACGCUGGUUUCCGAAGUAUACCCGGUGCUGGGGAUCUUGCUGAAGGCGGAGUUGGCGGCGAUCAGAGUCCAGCCGAUCAUGGACGAGCUCGACCACGAGGCGCAGUUGGCGAUGAUGCCCCACCUGAAGCUGGCGUACCUCGCCAAGCACUUGCCGGCGGCGGUGGCGCUGGGCAACACCCGCAAGGUCCAGUUGUUGUACUACAUUUCCCUCCUCUUGGGGGUGUACGCCUCGCGGCGAGUACGCGACAAGCAGAUGCUUCUGACGCGGCUCCACGAGCCGGCGGCGGUGCUUUUGGACGGGGUGUUGGAGCGGUUCACCGUGCCCCGCACGCUGACGUUUGGCAAGCUGAAGGACCGGCUGUUCACCAUCGACCCCCACCACGAAGACAAGCUCUUGUGCUACAUGCUUGCCCUCAUGAUGCACGUCGACAGCUUCCUCGUCGAGUUGCCGCCGUUGGCCAAUGAGCUCCAGAUGAAGCCGUUGCGCCUCGUCAGUUUGUUCAAGGCAUUGGGCGCCACCAUCAAGAGCGCCACCGUGGGCCAGGCCGAGGCGUUCGGCGUGCCCAAGUCGCAAGCGGCCAACCACAAGGUGGCGACGUUGAAGGUGCCGUUCAAGUUGCCGCAAAUGACUAGAAUCGCGCGUAAGACCUAG